CAAUAAAUUUUCGAUCUUCAAAACCCAUAAAUAUCUCUCCUUUAUCUAGCCCGUAAAAACAGGAUUAGAGUUUGAUUCGUAUAAAAGAGAAGAUUUUUAAUCUCCGCCGCAAUCGUCCGAUGUCGAUAACUAUACCCUACCAUGGCUCAAUCUCCGGCGAGUCAUCUCCGUCUCCUCCGCCACCAAAAGCGAACACGAAUAAUCUACCGACGAAGAUUCUCUCUAACUUCCUCAUAGGUCUAAUCAUGAUCCCUGUAGCUGUAACCGCUUUCCUCUUUAUCCUCACGUCUCUCGGUUUCACCUUCUUCUUCGCUUUCUACUGGUUUCUUCAACGAAACUAUCGCCACCGUCUCCGUCGCCAUCGCCGUCACGAAUACUCAGAUGGGUUAUCUCCAAGAUGCGUGAAGAGGCUUCCCCAAUUCAAGUUCCGUGAGCCUACUACAGAGUACGGAAGCGACGAUUGUGUGUCUCGACUUGUCCGAUUUGUAGAGAUAGGGUUUAUAGAUUUGAAGAAGGAAGAAGAUGGAGACCAGAAGAUCAAAAGUUUUUUUUUACUCGAGCUUGAGCUUGAGCUUCUUCUAAUGGAGUUAAGGAAGGACAAGCUUCUUAUGUUUUAUUCAGAGGGGAAAGAACGCAAAGAAGCUAUUUGGGCAGUGAAUGAUCCAAUGAGCAAAUCUUAUAAGCUCUCUUUACCUUCAGCACUUAGACCUGAUAAUCUCUUACCUGGAAAUAGACUUAGAUACACUGAUGCUUCUAAAGCUAGCAACAACAAGUCCAAAUCUUCUAAAGUCUCAUGGUACAAGACAAUUCUUGAUCCAGGAAGUGAGAUUGUCUUGAAAUGGAAUUGGGUCUUCAUUGUCUCGUGUAUGGUUGCUCUCUUCAUCGACCCGUUGUAUUUCUUCGUGCCAGCUAUAGGAGGAGAUAAAAACUAUCCAUGUGCAAGGACCGAUACGAGUUUAAGCAUUCUUGUUACUUUCUUCAGGACAAUUGCGGAUCUUUUCUACUUGCUGCACAUUUUCAUUAAGUUUAGGACUGGUUUCAUUGCGCCUAAUUCAAGUACUAGAGUGUUUGGUAGAGGUGAGCUUGUGAUGGAUCCUAAGGCAAUUGCUUGGAGGUAUCUUAAAUCUGACUUCAUCAUUGAUCUCAUCGCUACGUUACCACUUCCACAGAUAGUUAUCUGGUUUGUUAUAUCGACCACAAAAAGUUACCGGUUUGAUCAUAACAACAAUGCUAUUGCUUUGAUUGUGCUCCUCCAAUACAUCCCAAGAUUCUAUCUGAUAAUUCCGUUAAGUUCUCAAAUCGUUAAAGCGACUGGAGUGGUUACAAAGACUGCGUGGGCUGGAGCUGCUUAUAACCUUUUGCUAUACAUGCUAGCUAGCCAUGUACUUGGUGCUGCGUGGUAUAUAUUAUCGGUCGAUAGAUAUACAUCGUGCUGGAAAUCACGAUGCGACAGAGAACGUGGCCUAGUUAAUUGUCAGCUAUAUUACUUAGACUGUGAUUCAAUGUAUGACGACAAUCAGAUGAAUUGGGCAAAUGUCACAAAAGUGUUUAAACUCUGUGAUGCACGGAAUGGCGAGUUCAAGUAUGGGAUAUUUGGGAACGCAAUCACGAAAAAAGUUGUGUCUUCAAACUUCUUCGAAAGAUAUUUCUACUGUUUGUGGUGGGGAUUGCAGCAGCUUAGUUCUUAUGGGCAGAAUUUGUCCACGACCAUGUUCAUGGGCGAAACCACAUUUGCUGUUCUCAUUGCAAUCUUUGGUCUUGUCCUCUUUGCCCAUCUCAUUGGGAAUAUGCAGACAUAUCUGCAAUCUUUGACUGUACGGCUUGAGGAAUGGAGAUUGAAGAAAAGAGACACUGAGGAGUGGAUGAGACAUCGUCAACUUCCUGAAGAAUUGAGAAACCGUGUGAGACGAUAUGAGCAGUAUAAGUGGCUUGCAACAAGAGGAGUCGAUGAAGAGGUUCUGCUGCAAAGUUUACCCACUGAUCUUCGCCGUGAUAUUCAACGUCACCUUUGUUUAGAUCUUGUUCGAAGAGUCCCAUUUUUCUCUCAAAUGGAUGAUCAGUUGCUCGAUGCGAUAUGUGAGCGCCUGGUUUCUUCUCUGUGUACCGAAGGGACUUACCUUGUACGUGAAGGUGACUUGAUCUCAGAGAUGCUCUUCAUCAUCAGAGGUAGACUCGAGAGUUCCACAACCAAUGGAGGCCGAACCGGUUUCUUCAACUCGAUUAUACUUAGACCUGGAGAUUUCUGCGGGGAAGAACUUCUUUCUUGGGCUUUGCUUCCAAAAUCAACCUUGAAUUUACCAUCUUCUACAAGAACAGUUAGGGCUUUAGUAGAAGUCGAAGCAUUUGCUCUUCGAGCUGAAGAUUUGAAGUUUGUUGCAAAUCAGUUUAGGCGGUUACACAGCAAGAAGCUUCAACAUACUUUCAGAUUCUACUCUCACCAUUGGAGAACUUGGGCUGCUUGCUUCAUACAAGCGGCUUGGCGCAGACGCGGUGUUGCAGCUCAGAGAGUUAAGGAUGUCGAAUUGCCUCGGUUUAAGAAACCUGAAGAGCCUGAUUUCUCUGCUGAGCAUGAUGAUUGACUGAUUUAUAACCAGGAAAAGAAGCUGACUUUAUCUCACAGGAGAUUUUUAUGACAAGAACACUACAGAUUAAGUUUCCUGGUCCUUUGGGAGACAUAAAGGAAGAAACUCAAGGCGGGUUUUGAUUUUGUACACUAAAACAUCUUUUGUAAUAUAAGCUUGGAAAAUUU